CAGAAGCGAUUUUUUUCCCCUUUCUUGACAUCUGGCUUGCGAUUGGCUGGAAGGGGGUCAGCUGACUUUGUCAUUUUGUCUGUCCUGGAUUGGAGCCGUCCCUAUAACCAUCUAGUUCCGAGUACAAACUGGAGACAGAAAUAAAUAUUAAAGAAAUCAUAGCCCGACCAGGUAAAGGCAAAGGGAUGAAUUCCUACUUCACUAACCCUUCCUUAUCCUGCCACCUCGCCGGGGGCCAGGACGUCCUCCCCAACGUCGCCCUCAAUUCCACCGCCUAUGAUCCAGUGAGGCAUUUCUCGACCUAUGGAGCAGCCGUAGCUCAGAACCGGAUCUACUCGACUCCCUUUUAUUCGCCACAGGAGAAUGUCGUGUUCAGUUCCAGCCGGGGGCCGUAUGACUAUGGAUCUAAUUCCUUUUACCAGGAGAAAGACAUGCUCUCAAACUGCAGACAAAACACCUUAGGACAUAACACACAGACCUCAAUCGCUCAGGAUUUUAGUUCUGAGCAGGGCAGGACUGCGCCCCAGGACCAGAAAGCCAGUAUCCAGAUUUACCCCUGGAUGCAGCGAAUGAAUUCGCACAGUGUGUGUUUUGUGCCUGGAUCUCUAGGGGUCGGUUACGGAGCGGACCGGAGGCGCGGCCGCCAGAUCUACUCUCGGUACCAGACCCUGGAACUGGAGAAGGAAUUUCACUUCAACCGCUACCUAACUCGGCGCCGGCGCAUCGAGAUCGCCAAUGCUCUGUGCCUGACCGAGCGACAGAUCAAAAUCUGGUUCCAGAACCGCCGCAUGAAGUGGAAAAAAGAAUCUAAUCUCACGUCCACACUCUCAGGGGGUGGCGGAGGGGCAACCGCCGACAGCCUGGGAGGAAAAGAGGAAAAGCGAGAAGAGACAGAAGAAGAGAAGCAGAAAGAGUGACCAGGACUGCCCUUGCACCCCUCUCUUCUCCCUUGCUCAUCCCAGCUCCCCGAAUCACACACUCUGUAUUUAUCUCUGGCACAAUGAUGUGUUGUGACUUCCUAAAACAAAACAGGGAGUCAGAAGUGGACCUAAAAGUCAGCUUUGGACCCCCUCCCUCACUGCACAACUCUUCACUCGUCUCUUCCUCUAGCUCCCUCGCUAGCUUCUUCCUGGCUUGUCUGCAGGCCCCUUCCCUCGCCUAGGCCUAGGAGACCUGAACCUCGCUUCAGACUCCACAGAUGUCUCUCCAAGUGAGCCCUAGGCUCCCUCCCCACUCCCGACGCCCUUCAUCCCCGCCCUCCGGCCAAGUGAGCUGGCUCCAGGGCCUGGGGCCUCCACUCCGGGGCCUCAGGGCCGGGCCUGACAGCCGGAGGGCAGGAGGCCUCGGGAGGGCGCGCCUUGGCCCCGCAACAACCCCCAGGGCCUCUCCCCAGUCCCUGCCCGGUCCCUCUGCCCCAGCAAAUGCCUAGUCCAGGCAAAUUGUAUUUAAAGAUUCCUGGGGGUCAUUAUGGCAUAUUUCGAACUGUGACCGUUUCUGUGUGAAUAUUUCUAGCUGUAUUUGUGGUCUCUGUAUUUAUAUUUAUGUUUAGCACCGUCAGUGUUCCGAUCUCAUUUAAAAAAGGAUUUAAAAAAAGAGGGAAAAUAACAAAAAGAGAAAAAAAGUGAAUGACGUUUGUUUAGCCAGUAGGAGAAAAUAAAUAAAGAAAUAAACCCCUACGUGUUAUCCUCCUGUAUAAAUCCGACCUCUGGAUCCGUUCUCGAAUAUUUAAUAAAACUGAUAUUAUUUUUAAAAGUUUAUAAUCCGCCUGUCUGCUCU